AUGGGGAUCAAGCGCUCACACCGCGACUCUGUGUCAGAAGACGAACGCAACGCCCCUUACUCACGUGAGACGUCUGUCGAUAUAAAGAUCAUACACUUGGACGCCGACUCUGCCAUAUCCGACGAUUCUGCCGUUAUGAAGUGCUCACUGCCCCCACACGAGCCGCUCACUUUUGCAUCUUUUGAAGAACACGAUGUGCACUACCAGCAGGUGCACAUGAACCGUUGCAGCGAGUGCCAAAAGAAUUUCCCAGACCAGCAUUACCUGCAUCUGCAUAUUGCAGAGUACCAUGAUCCCAUCAACGCUGCCAAGCGAGACCAAGGCGAGAAAACAUAUGCAUGUCUCUUGCCGGAUUGCGACCGCCUUUGCAGCACGCCCCAGAAGCGUCGUCUGCACUGCAUAGACAAGCACCAAUAUCCCCGAGACUAUGACUUCAUUGUCAUAAAAGAUGGCAUCGACCGCCGAAGCAGCAUGCUGAUACCACCUCAUCGACGGAGAAGCUCAAACUUCAGCGCAUCCAGUGCUGCCACUGGAGCAAGCGGGAGACGAAGAGGUGAGUCGUCUGUGAGCACUGUAGGUGAUAGCAUGGAGAUUGUGCGGGACCAAGACGAAGGCCCCGAGGAAGACCAAGGCGAUGGAGAAACCCGACGCUACCCUACUCAACUUCGUGGACGUGGAGGAUUUGGACAUGCUCAAGGUGCUGGCCAUGGGCUAGGCCGAGGAGAUGCAGCAAUAAAGGCUGCCUCUAAACAAGUAACAGCUGCACCAGCUAUGGAUCCCAUGGACAGUCUGGCUUCCAGCAUGUCUGCACUGAAGUUCAUCCCACACAGUGUACGGAUGGCGCGCGGACGGGGUAAAGGUAGUGUCUGAGAGGCCCGGAUACAAUUCGACUCGCAUCUGUGAUACA